ACUACAUAACGGCAGUAGCAACAACACAUAAACAGCAGUUUGCUGCACGUUGCACGUUUUUCUUAUUGGACUUAGUGGUGAAAAUGGGGCCGUUGUGAAUUAACCAGAAAAUUUAAGAUAAACUCGCGCAUUUUGGAAAGCUUGACACCAAAUUUCAUACACAAUAUUCACAUACACGUACAGUUUGAAACAAAAUUCAGCAGGUUAAAAACGCAAAUGUGACAAAUAUCGAGCGAGUGUCUAAAUUAAUGCGGCGGAUAUUUUCUCACAGCAAGAAGAAAAGGAAAACAGACACUUUAGUAAGCCGUCGCUGUCGUUGUCGUCAACGCCAGCGCCAGCGUCGAGCAGGUGUUAUGCAAGCCCAAGCAGUGCAGCCCCAAACAGCAGCAACAACAACAACAACAGAAGCAAUCAAUUCAAUUAGCCGGCCGUCAUGCUACUGAAUCGAUUCGUAUCAGCCAUUAAAAAUCAAUCGAAGGACACGCUGCGCGCAUGGUCCUAUCAAUGCGAAUCAAUAUUUGCGCAACGCUCCCGACGAUUGCAGCAACUCGUGAGCUUUUAUCAAUCGGUCUACGGCUCACAAGGGCUGAAACAGUUGUGGCGCGCCUAUUACCGGCGUGAGCUGCAGCCACCUCUGCGGGGGUUCAUGCUCAGUGCCGUCGGCAUUAUGGGUCUGAACAUGAAACAGUUGGGCAGCGAUGGCUUCGAUUGGAACAAGGAGCGCCUUGAUUUGGCCAAUUUUGAUGUAUGCCGGCGCGAUAUUGAAUUCAUAAAUACCCUACCAAUGAACCAAAUCUGCGACCGUUGCGCGGCCAAGAAGAUGAAGUACUGCUACUGUCUGCUGGGUAACAGGCGUUGCAAAAAGGAUGGCGCCAGCAUUCCAGCCGGUGGUGCACCUGAACCGAAGGUAAAUGAUCCGGCUAAGGAACAAUUACCGGACGCGGGAAGCAUACGGAACUGCCAGGUGCCGCUGGAUCUUGACAAAGAGGGCUCGCCGGUGGGGACAGUGCGCAUACAAGCGGAGGAUGAACACACGUGGGAGCCGUAUUUCAGCAAAAAUGAGUUCUCCAUCUGGCGGCGCGAGGAGCGUACCUCCAUGUACUCCUACAAGGUGUAUGCGCGCUUCGAUGACAUCACAGCAGAUGACUUUUUGCACGUGCAAACGGAUCUGGACUAUAGACGGCAAUGGGAUGACACGGCGCUCCGACUAGAGCUGAUAAGCGAGGAUCCAGUGCCUGGAAGUAAUUCGCAUUUGAUAUAUUGGGAGAUGCAAUGGCCGCGUCUAUUCGCUAAUCGGGAUUAUGUUUACUGUCGACGCUUCAUCAAGGACGACGCACGCAAGGUCAUACUCAUAUGUAGUCGCGGGGCUAAGCAUAAUUCGUAUCCCGCCUUCUCGGGCAAAGUGCGUGUGACGGACUACUGGAGCCUGAUGGUGAUCAAACCGUUUCGGAGCUUUCACGAGCCCGGAUUGCACUUCAUACUCACCUAUUACGAUGAUCCCGGCAUACCAAUACCGCAAAACAUUAAAUCCUGGGUGACGCAAAAGCAAAUGCCCGAAUUUCUCACAAAAAUGUAUGUGGCCACCAAGAACUACGCGUGCUCGCGAGCCCUCAAGAUGAAGGACAUGUUCAAUAGCUUUGCGCUAAUCAAUGACGAAUACACAGCGAAUGCCCAACGGGCCAGCUGGCUGGGAAGUCUCAAAAGGCAUCGCCGCCCCAAACUGUCUGAUGACACCGACAGUGGCCAGCGUGGUCGCUGAACUGAACAGGCUCCAUCAUCAACAGCAGCACCUACGCCAAAUAAUCUAAUAACACUUUACAAACAUAUUAGCGAUAAUGGAUAGCAAUCGAAAACAUUAGAGCCGUUCCUCACCUUUCGUUCUUAUAUUGUAUUUAGAAGUUAGACAGCGUUUUAAUUUUAACAAGUUUUUCCAACAUCUGAAUGCCUGUGUCUAUUUUUAAUUAUUUAAAAAAGCAAUUGUUUUUCAAACACAUCGGAAGGUGCAAUAAAAGGCAUUCGCAACUGGUGGCAUUUGACCCGUAACGGCUCAAGAAAUAUCGAAAUUAAAUUCAAUACAUUGUUAAAUAAUAUAUAAAUAGUCAGAAAUUAAGUGCGAAACGCUGUUAGAACUGCAUAUAUAGGACAUUUUUGAAAUUACACACCUGUAAAUACAAUAUACAAAACA